ACGCGUUUGUGGCGACUAGGCCAGGGGCAGGCAAAGACGCAGGAGGGGGAAGUGGAGGUGGAGAAGCAAAUUUAAGAAUACCGACGCCGAAGAAAAUUGCAGAGCUCGAGUUGAGAUUGUUGCAGUUGCAUCAGAAUGUAUAUUCUGGACACGAAUUUGGGACUGUUGAGUUCCGACAGCACGUUCCUCAACUCUCUCUAAUGGCACAUCAACGCAGGGUCAAAGCCAUCCAAGCGGCGACCAAGCUCACAAGGGACGUUUCCUCCGACACGGCAUCGCAAGCGGUCAACUUUUGGUCGAGCCUCGAGAGUGCGUUGGAGGGCAUAGAGGCGCAGGUGAAGUGCAAGGAGGUUAGGAUGGUCAUGGAUGCAUUGAGGAAUGCAAAGAGAUUCCAUGUGACUGUUAGCGUUAUCGCUGAUACCGAGUUGAAGGGUGCUACAGAUCACGGCACAAUCGCAAGGAUCAAAGCCGUCCAAGUGGUGACCAAGUUCACGGGAGACGUUUCACUCGGCACGGCUUCGCAAGAAGUCAAUUUUUGGUUGAGCCUCGAAUGGGCGUUGGAGGGCAUAGAGGCGCCGUUGAGGAGCGAGGAGGAGAGGAUGGCCAUGGAUGCAUUGAGGAAUGCAAAGAAAUUCCAUGCGACUUUUAGUUUUAUUGUUGAUACCGGUCGUAUACAAGUGCAACCGAGUAAUGACUCAGACUUUCCGCUAAACAGUCUCCUCUCCUCCACGACCUCGUCGAAGAAUUCCAUUGGACGACGUCCUUCUGCGGAUCUUGAAAUCCCACUGGCUAGCGUACACCUUACCUCACCUUCGAAUGUCUCCUCGCACAAACGAUGGUUGGCCUUGAGGGAGAAGGAGGGAUGGGAGGGGGGAUCGAUAUAGAGGUGAAGGAGGGUGAUAUUGGGUUGAUAUUGAAGUCGUUAAAGCGGAAAGUUGAUGUUUCGAAUUGGAUGUCAAUCGGACAUUGAUCGCUCGGUGCCUCUACUACACACUGAAAAUGCCACUCCGUCUCGAGGACAAAAUUUAACUGAUGAUUACUCUUCGAUCUGAGCGGAAAAAAUACAAUCACGGAACCUUCAGAGAAAUGAACAUGGUUGCUUCGAGCGGAAUGACCGUUUGCGUAUACCAAUCUUAUAUUUGUGUACCUAGGCCAAAAUGCAAUG